AUGGAAGUUAGAUCAGACACCACUCAAGCGAGGAGCGAUAACCUUUUGCCUCCGUCAGCUACGAAGCCGCCUCGCGUUCAAGUUUGGUUCGUAACAGUCUGCUCCACCGUUUUGGUGUGGACCUGUUUGGUGCAGCUUUUCGCAGCCGGUGAGCUUUGGCAUAACCGGAUCUUCACUGGUUUAACCAAUCACAUUUCAAGAUUCUCAUCCCCUGUCGAAUCAGUUCCCUUGCCGCCUCCUUCGAGAAACUAUACAAGCAAUGGUAUUUUACUUGUAUCAUGUAAUGGUGGACUGAACCAAAUGCGAUCAGCGAUUUGUGACAUGGUGGCUGUUGCUCGGUUAUUAAACCUCACUCUGGUUGUUCCUGAGCUUGACAAGACAUCUUUUUGGGCUGAUCCUAGUGGUUUUGAGGAUAUUUUUGAUGUGAGACAUUUUAUUGAUUCAUUAAGAGAUGAAGUUCGGAUCCUUAGGAGGCUUCCUAAACGGUAUAGCAACAAGUAUGGUUACCAAAUCUUCCAAAUGCCUCCUGUCAGCUGGUCUGAUCAAAACUAUUACUUGAACCAGAUAUUACCUCUGUUUAGCAAACAUAAAGUUGUACACUUCAAGAGGACCGAUACCCGCCUAGCAAACAAUUGUCUUCCACUCUCGCUACAGCGGCUCAGGUGCCGGGUGAACUUCCAGGGAUUGAAAUUCACUCCACAGCUUGAGGCCUUAGGGUCUAAGCUAGUCCGCAUGCUACAACAAAGAGGGCCCUUUGUCGCUUUGCAUCUGAGAUACGAGAUGGACAUAUUAGCUUUCUCUGGUUGCACUCAUGGUUGCAGUGAGGAAGAAGCGGCAGAGCUAAAAAAGAUGAGGUACACAUAUCCCUGGUGGAGAGAGAAAGAGAUAGUCUCAGAAGAGAGGAGGGCGCAAGGGCUGUGUCCUCUGACGCCAGAGGAGGUGGCGUUAGUUCUAAAAGCAUUGGGGUUUGAUAAAAAUACACAGAUUUACAUUGCAGCUGGUGAGAUUUAUGGCAGUGAGCAGAGACUGUCUGUUCUAAGAGAAGCAUUCCCAAAAAUUGUAAAGAAGGAAAUGCUAUUAGAGUCGGCAGCGUUGCAACAAUUUCAAAACCAUUCGUCUCAAAUGGCUGCUCUAGAUUUCAUGGUAUCUGUGGCCAGCAACACUUUUAUUCCCACGUAUGAUGGAAACAUGGCAAAAGUAGUGGAAGGUCACCGGAGAUAUCUCGGGUUUAAGAAGACAAUCCUGCUUGACCGCAAGAGACUCGUGGAGCUACUGGAUUUACAUGACAACAAGACCCUCACGUGGGAUCAGUUUGCAUUAGCUGUCAAGGUAGCUCUUGAGAGUCGAACAGGAGCACCUACACAUCGAAGAGUAAUCCCUGACAAACCUAAGGAGGAAGAUUACUUUUACGCAAACCCUCAAGAAUGUUUAUGUGAAGGUACUCAUUCGGUUCUCGGUUCGUGUCGGGUUCGGUACCGGUUCUUCGGAUAUAGCAAUUUAAGACCCAUUCGGUUAUUUAGCCCGGGUCCGAUCGGGUUCGGGACCCUGAUUUUCGGGUCGAUUUCGGGUCGGUUCUUCGGGUCCGGAUAUUUUUCCCAGCCCUAGUUCCUGAUCUUGAUUUAUUUGUUUUACGUAAGUUAAGAUGUAACUAAGAGAAGAUUAUGUUUCUAAUCUUAUAGAAAUUUACAAAAAGUUGGCAAUAGCUUAAUAUACAGAUUAUGUAUCUUGAUUUUUUCAACUCUUGGCUAAUUCGAACUCUCUAUGCGGUCUGAGAUCAAAUCAGGUGUCAGGAAUUUCUAUAAUUCUGCAAGAUAAACUAUAUACCAGCUAUAUUGAUUCUCACUCCCAGAAGAUGAUUUCGCCUUGCUCACGAACCAAACCAAGAUCUUUGAGCCGUCUCAAGUUCAAGCUCUCUAUGCUUGAAGAUUUGGUCGAUUUGCUGAAGGACCCUCUUCUCACCAAUCCUUAUUUUGAGAGCCAUUUCCUUCCUAAGAUUAAGCUUUCCUUCUUCCAGGAACUUCUCAUCCUGCCAAAGACGAGCAAUAAAUAAAGAGUGCUCAGUAGCUUACCGGAUACGACUACUUCGUCUACGACUACGAGCCAUUUCCACUUUCCAGACGGUGGGUGGUUUACCGUUGGCGGGUAAAGUAUGAAGAGUGGUUAAUUAUAUUAAGGGAUAUAUAAUUUAGAAAAUUCACGACGGAUGAGAAAAAACAUGUAAGUUGGAAACAUAAAACACCCAUCAUUGUUAUAAAAAGCAUUU